UGAAUCCUACAAAUUCAUACGAAUGGCCGAAGAUCUCCAUGACGUUGCUAGGUAUCUCAAUGAGAUGCGCGUUUGCUUUUUACUGUUAACUGGGACGGUCUACAUUUUACUCGGUAUUUAUUUUGUCUGUUGGUGUAUUCGUAGAAAUAGAAGGCGUGUUAGUAACCCUGCGAAUAAUUCUUCUGGAAGGCGUUUGCCUAAUCAUAGAUGGGGGGAUUUACAGGGUGCCGAAUAUGAAAACGCCAUUACAGCUCAAACAACAAACAUUGGCCAAACAGCCUCAGACGAUUUGGUUUCUUUUAGAAGCGAUGGUGCAGUGCCUGGGGGGAAAGCAAAUUUAAGUUCACAAUUUGGAGGGACUGGACAACAACACGGGUUGGGCUCUGGAAGUGGACCUCCACCCUUUGGAAUGCCCGGAAGGGGAACAGCAAAUAGACAAGCAGCACCUUCUUUUAUGCGGCAUGGGGGAAGUGGAGUUGGAAUAGGCUCUAUGCCUAAUCAUAGGUUGGGAUUGAGAAAAAUAUCGACAAAAUUGGGAAUUUGCGGGGGAAAUGUCUUAAUAAAUGAUAAUUUUGUGAAACCUAAACACGGGUUGGGGACUCUAGUAAUCGCUAGAAAUACUUGA